CUAGUGUGGUAGUGCAAAGUGUUAUUUACUCUCUCUAUCUUAUUUCAAUAAUUAAUUUAAAUUACUAAGAGUAAUAUUUGGAUAUUAUGGCCGUGUCCACGAGUAUAAAGAACGUGACCUCGACUAAGGGAGGCUUAGGGAUCAAAUUUUCCAAUGGGUUGACCGUACAAUUCGAAGAUUGCUGGCUCCGGGAUCAUUGCAGAUGCACUUCUUGUUACCACUCGGACACAUACCAGAGAGCUCAGCAUAUAUUAGACAUCCCCGAGACGAAGAUAGCCGAAUUUGCCUUCACUGAGACCCAGCUUGUUGUGACUUGGGACGACAACCACAAGUCCACUUACAAAGCGGAGUUCCUAGUUCAAUUCAACUAUGAAACCUACAAAGAAGGGCAGAGACUAAAGCCUGUCCUCUGGCAUGGAGGAUCAGUGGCCGAGAAGAUAGCCAGGGUCCAUGUUGACGAGUUUCUGAAGACCAAGGGAGCUGCUGAGGUGUUCCAGUCUCUGCUUGAUUAUGGCGUCGCGUUGAUUGAAGGGGUGGAGCCAAACUUGGAAGCGACAGAGCAGGUGUGCAAGGCCCUCGGAGGGGUGCAGCACACGAUCUUCGGCGGCAUGUGGGAGUUCACCACUAAGGCUGACCAUGCGGACACUGCCUACACUAACCUGCCGCUCGCUGUCCAUAAUGACAGCACCUACUUCACGGAGUCUACUGGCCUCCAAAUCCUCCAUUGCAUCGAGCACUCCGGCGGAGUAGGGGGCGAAACAGUACUAGUUGACGGAUUCUACGGAGCCACCCGAAUGAAGGCGGAGUUUCCCGAAGACUUCGACUUCCUAACUCAGUUUGAGCUGGAAGCUGAGUACAUAGAAGAAGGGCACCACCAUAAGUGUGCGGCGCCAGUUAUAAAGGUUGAUAGGAGGACGAAGGAUUUGAAACAGAUUAGAUUCAAUGUGUACGACCGAGCGCCAAUGGCGUUCCUGGACGGAGAGGAGUGUAGGAACUACUAUAGGGCUUUAAGGAACCUGGCCAAGUAUUACCAGGAUCCUAGGAACCAGUGGCAGUUUAAACUUAAACCAGGCGUGGUGAUGGUGAUGGACAAUUUCCGCGUGCUGCACGGCAGAACUGGGUUCACUGGCAAGCGCGUUCUCUGCGGCAGCUACGUGGCGCGUUCUGAUUGGCUGGAUCGAGCGAGGGCUCUGCGUCUUAUCCAAUAAUGAUCAGUUACUUCUACGGGUACUCUGUAGCAGCUGAGUGGUGCACUCUCAUUGGCUAGACUGAGCGUGGUCCAUGCAUUUUAUCCAAUAAUCAGUUACUUCCGCAUAAUGCAAGGCCUUCAUGGGUUUGCAUGCCCAUACGAUACCAAGUGCUUUGAAUGGCUAGAUGGAAAGGGUUCCUCAGCUUAUUCAAUGAUUAGCAGGGUUUGGAUAUCUCGUAGCAUGUUAAGACGUUAGAGAACCAUGGAGUCGAUAUUAACAUUAGAGGUAAAUUUAAUUUAUACUCAUUCUCAUGUAUAUAAUUUGUCACAAAAUGCUUUUAAUUUCAUAUAAAACGACGAAUUUAUUAAAACUGUAUGACUGAAUGUUAACUGUUAAGACAAUAAAUAAAAGAAAAAAUAAUUACCUACCUAGUUAUACAGACUUUUAUUGCGGUAGACGCACUGACCAUUUUAUCAAAUUUAGUCACGUGCAUCAUGUGUCAGUCAUUAUCAUUUAUUUAUAAUUUUUUUACGUAGUAACAUAGUGUGGCAGUCUUUUUUUUUUUCAUUUAAAAUAUAGUUUUAUUCAAUUCCAAAUUAUAUUUAUUUCGUUAAUAAUCAACUUUAGGAAUGAGUGAGUGAGUAUGAGGACAUUUCGGACACUAGCGAUCAAAUAUAUCAAUCAGGCGUGUUCCUAGCACACAUUCUAAGCUCGUGUAGGUGAACGCGUACCAUGCUUGUAUGAGUGAGAUAAGACAGGUUGACUG